UUUUUGUGGUUUUAUUCUGUCUGUAUUAUGGAUUUAUUCUGUUUGUAUUCGAGAUUCAGAUUCAAGACCUUUAAUUUGUCCCUAUGGAGCAGUUGGUUAUGCCACAGUAUUAAUUAUAUUGUUUAUCGUGCGUAUUCAAUUAUUUUAUUCAUCAAUAUAUCUUUAGAUAUUAUUUUUCAUUUUUAAUUAAAGCUAUGAUCUAGAUGUGUGUGCUAUGAGAAGGAUUAGGAAACUCAGUUAUCUAGCUUCUACAGCCCUAACUGAACAUAAUCAUUGCUGCCUUCAUCGUCAGUAGCUAUCAGGUCAGGGCUACUGAGACAGGAAGGAAGUCUGUAUAAACUGUCCCGAGCUGAGGCGUGCUGAAGGAGAGGAAAUGCAGUGUGCUGUAAUUUCUUGCUCCUCAAGCCUUAACGUUUGUUUACCAUCAACCAUCUGUAGCUCUUCCCUCUCCUCCCUCUCCGCUCUUUGAACCUACCGAUGCCCCCUGUCUAUCUGUCCCGCCCUGGGUGGGGUCCGCUGAUUCUGUUCUCUCUGUUGUACUAUCAAAAAGCCCUUUGCACCAAUUAUACACUACUGUUGGUUCUGCGUUUGGUUGGUUGUUUGUAUACAUUAUAUGAAUUGUAAAUCGUGAGUGAUUCCACCAGUAUAAUACACUAGUUGUACUGGGCAGCUGCCAGUGUCCAGCAGUCGAAGAUGGUGUACUCGGAAGCUAACAAAGAUAAACAGUACAGGCCUGCUUUGUGAAAUAUUUCAAUCAGGGUUUUUUUCCCCCCAACAAAAGAAAUCCAGUGAACCAUCUUAUCAUCUUAGAUAAUAUUCAGAUGGUUAAACAUUGCAUUCUGUGUCUACAGCAGCUGGUUUCAAUAGGGUUCCCUGGAAAUUCACAACCACCACAAACAACAGGAUCCAUCCUAUGAAAGCAAACCCCUGACGGCCUUGAGGAGAACAAAAGCAACAGCUUCACACUUUCCCAUCAGGUACCAUAAAGGUGGAGGUGUUGUUAAGGACAUAAGCACUGCCCUGCUUCGUAACCAAAUCCAUUCUCAUCGGGAGCUGGCCAGCUAUCAUGUUCUACUGGCCAUACAACCAUAGCUUUCUGCUGAUAAACACUGGGAUUACCCGCCAGUACCUGGGAUUUUUGUCGGACACUUGAGUGGGACCUGCCAAGCACAACCACGGUCUCCUACUGCGGACCCUCGAAGCUGCACAAUACAACCAGAGCCUUCUACUGGUGGACAAUGCAAGCUGCCCAGUACAACAAAGUAUUCUACUGGGGACCUUGAUAGUGUCUUUAUUUAUCAGUGCCUUCCUCUGAGGCCCAUUGAUGUGAGAAUCAGAGAGAGGAGAGCAAGGCAUUAUUCACUUCUUUUUUUGCUCACUUAUUUUUUCACACUCGGGAUAGAACCAGCCACCCUCAGGGAUGACAGCACUCGGUGGUAGAGUAGGACUGGAUCAACCCGUAUCCAGGAGGAUCUACACCCAGCAAGGACACCAAACCAACACGCUGGAGGGAGAGACAGUAACACAGAGGAGGAUUCGUGCAGUGGGGCUGCUGCUGUCCGCUCUGCUGUCGGUGGAGUUCGUCCUUUCCACCGUAAGUCUGUGCUCCUCCAAGUGGCUGGUGGUGGAACAGCUGGGAGCCAGCCAGGGCCUGUUCUCCGUGUGCGACCUUCACGACGGGCUCACCGCCUGCAACACCCUGCCACCCUGGGUGGGGGCCUACAGCCUGAGCUGGAUGUUCCUGGCGGGCUCUUGUGUCCUGUCCCUCGCUGCCCUCCUCUCCUUCAGGCUCAGAGGUCCUGCAGUUGUUCUGCUGUUCAACAUCUCCUCAGCCACACUGUGUGCUGCUGCUCUGACCGUGUUCUUGGUGUCCUUGGAGGAGCAGCUUCCAGAAAUGCUGGCUACCCAGUACCUGGGUUGGACCUUCUACAUCUGCUGCGGGAACCUCCUGUACACGGUGGUACUGUCUGUGGCCCUGGGCCUUUUCCAUGGAGCCUCCAUCCAGGUUGAACCAGUGCACGCGUGGGCGGGGGUGGACCUGCCUGUCAUAGCGCCCUGACCGUUGACCCAAGAGACGACUGAAAACAACUGAAAAUCAAUAUGCAAAUAGGGCAUAUUGUAAGGAAGUUGUGUUACAUAUUUGCAAGUCACAUUUGAUGGACGGUUGGGAUUAAAAGUUAUUGGAUAGUGGCACUGGCUAGUGAGCUGAUCUCAUCAACUGUCAGAACAUCACGUCACACCACUAAGACUUGGUGAUGUAAAUCCAAAAAAAUGCAGAUUUAAAAACUGCUACAAAGUACUAUUUUCAGAAGUAAAAAGACAGCUGAAAUAGGAAUUUAUAUUGUUAAAAAAAAAGUUCCAUUCCUUUUUCCAAUGUUUUCUGUUGAUAACAGUUGUACAGCUGUUUCUAUAAAUACAAUUUAACUGACUUUAUCGAUUUAUCCCCAGAUCAACAAAAUAUCAAAUAAUUAAUACAUUAUUAAGACGCUCAAUUCUAGAAAGUUAUGACUAACCGUAUAGCCUAAGCAAGACAAAACAAAACUAUUGUGUUGAAUCCAACUUGCAAGCUUGAAUUGUCGUUAUAGAAAAAUGUUGUUUAUCAACUGUAAUAAUCUAGUUUCCUUAAAUGCAUUAGUAU